AUGACCUAUGACCGCUUUUACGAUUUGAAAGCCUUGCAAGAAGCUUGGGGAUCGAAUUUCAACAUGGACGAACAUGGCAAUCAACUAAAAUGGCAGGAAAUUAAAGUCCUGAAAGUUGAAAAGGAUAGUCCCAUGUCCUUCUUCUUUAAGACAUCUUUUUCAGACACAGAAUUUAAAAAGUGCUGGGUCAAUAAGAGGAAGACCAGACGUACAGGAGUAGUGUCUACAUCUAAAAUCCCGUCCAACUUGAGCAGAGCAUACACAGAGAAGAUUCCUUUGUCGGAUGCCAAAAAGAAAGAUAUACAAGAACUCGUGGAUAAAAAUGUCAUUCCUAAGUCUUAUUACGAUAUUUUUUACAAAAAUGUUUUGUAA